AUGAUUCUCCCAUAUUCCACCAUAGCUCAAACAUCCAGAAACAUAUCUUUAGGCUCAUCCCUCACUGCACGAAAUGACGUUAACUCAUCGUGGCCAUCACCAUCUGGUGAAUUUGCUUUUGGUUUUCAACAGAUUGUAAAAGAUGGGUUCUUACUGGCCAUCUGGUUCAAUAAGAUACCAGAGAGAACUAUUGUCUGGUCAGCCAAUGGGAAUAAUCUUGUGCCACAAGGAUCCCAAGUUGAACUUACACGUGAUGGCCAGUUUAUGCUCAAAGAUGCAACUGGCCAGAGAAUAUGGUAUGCGGAAUCUGCUGGUACUGAAGUCGCCUAUGCAGCCAUGCUAGACACUGGAAAUUUCGUGCUGGCCAACCGAAAUUCAAGCACGCUGUUGUGGCAGAGUUUUGAAUACCCAACUGAUACAAUCCUGCCAACACAGACUCUAAAUCAAAACAACAGCCUCUAUGCUCGCUACACGGCUACAAAUUACUCAAGAGGUAGAUUCAUGUUUGCACUACAAUCUGAUGGAAAUCUCGUGCUUUACACUACAAAUUUCCCACAAGACUCUGCCAAUUCUGCUUAUUGGUCAACCAAAACAGAUACUGGAUUUCAGCUCAUCUUCAACCAGUCUGGCCUCAUUUACCUUGCAUCCAGGAAUGGAAGCGCAAUCAAUACCAUAUCACCAUAUGCAGUUUCAAUACAAAAUUUCUACCAGAGAGCAACUUUAGUGCAUGAUGGAGUUUUGAGGCACUAUAUUUAUCCUAAAAGUGCUAGCUCAAUUGCCGAACGUCGGCCCAUGGCUUGGUCUGCUCCAGUUUCCAUACCUGAAAAUAUCUGUUUUUCAGUUGCGGGAGAGAUGGGCGGUGGUGCAUGUGGAUUCAACAGCUUAUGUAGCCGUGGAGAGGAAGGACCAAUUUGCGAGUGCCCUCAUGGUUACACCUUUUUUGAUCCAAACGAUGUGCGCAAAGGAUGUAAACAAACAUUUGUUCCACAAAAUUGUGACCAGGCCUCACCAGAGCAUCAUUUUGAUUUUAAAGACUUGCAAAACACAAAUUUUCCUUUUGGAGAUUAUGAGCAUUUUAAGAACGAAUCUGAGGAUUGGUGCAGACAGAAUUGCCUAGAUGAUUGUUUUUGUGCUGUUGCAAUUUUCAACAUGAAGGGAGACUGUUACAAGAAGAGACUCCCUUUUUCGAAUGGGAUGAUUGACUCUAGUGUUAAUUCAAAAGCUCUGAUCAAAUUUGGGAAAGACAACUCUACUUGGUCAGGUGGAGGUGCAAUCACAAAAAAGAAAGAUAAUUCAUCUCUGAUGCUUGUAGGAUCAGUGCUCCUGAGUAGCUCUGGGGUCCUGUACAUCCUCUUACCAUUAAUAACCUAUUUGGUUGUUUCUCGCAUCUAUUCUAGAAAAGCAAAGGUCAUUCAACCGCGUCCAGUCAUGUCAGGCAUGAAUUUGAAGGAUUUCACUUAUGAGGAGCUAAAAAAAGCUACGAACGAAUUCAAGGAAGAACUAGGACGUGGUGCUUCUGCAACAGUUUUUAAAGGAGUUUUAGUGUCUAAUACUGGAAGGUGUGUUGCUGUCAAACGUUUAGACGCUAAGGUCAGAGAAAAUGAUUUGGAAUUCAAAGCUGAAGGGGAGCACCAAAUUCUUGUAUAUGAGUUUAUGAGCAACGGCUCUCUAGCAAGCUUCCUCUUUGGAGAAUCAAUGCCAAACUGGUACCAGAGAAGGCAAAUUGCCUUGGGAAUUGCAAGAGGGCUUUUGUAUUUGCAUGAGGAGUGCAGCAGCCAAAUUGUUCAUUGUGACAUCAAGCCUCAAAACAUUCUUCUUGAUGACUAUUUCACAGCAAGAAUUUCUGACUUUGGAUUAGCGAAGCUUUGA